AUUUCUUCACUUCAUUUUCUCUCCAUAAUACCAAACAAACAUAUACUCCUUUUGUAAAAAACCAAAUAACAAAAAUGUCUAGAACUUUCCCUGAAAUGCCAACCCCUUCUUCCUUGUUAUCGGCUUAUGCCUCAAUAACAACCUCAAUCAUGCUCUUCCGUACAAUGUUCGAUCAGCUGUUUCCACCACAAAUUCGACGUUACAUUAUCGACACCUUUCGUUUUUACUGGAGACCAAAAUCAUCAAAACUUACUCUUGUUUUUGAAGAGAAAAAUGGGUUGACCAUUGACCAUAUGUUUUCUGCCUGUGAAGCCUAUCUUUGUUCCAAAAUCAGCCCUGAUUCUAACCGCCUCAGGGUUACUAAAGAUGUGAAAGAAAAGCAUAUUAACAUAAAGUUUGCUGAAUCUGAAGAAGUCGCCGAUUCGUUCAAAGAUAUCCCGGUUAAGUGGAACUAUGUUCGUAAGCAAUCACAUCAAAAGCAUGGCGGCGACAACGGUUCAAUGUAUGAAUACCAUGAGUCUGGGAUUCCAAUGAAGUCCAGCUCCAUUUCUGAGCGAAAAUACAUUGAGUUAAAAUUUGACAAACAAUAUAAAGAAGAAAUCAUAGGAAGUUACUUGCCAUUGAUACUAAAAAACCAUCAAGAACUUGAAAACAAGAAGAAAGUUGUCAAGCUUUACAAGUUACAAUCAUACGGAGGUGGAGGACAUGGUUCGUUUAAGCAGUCAAUGAAUCUCGACCAUCCAUCAACGUUUGACACGUUGGCAAUGGAUCCAGAGGCAAAAAAAGGGAUAAUUGAUGAUUUGGAUUUGUUUUUGAAUAGAAAGGAUUAUUAUAAAAGAGUCGGGAAGGCGUGGAAAAGAGGGUAUUUGUUGUAUGGUCCGCCUGGGACAGGAAAAUCUAGUUUGAUUGCGGCUAUGGCAAAUUAUGUGAAGUUUGAUAUUUACGACUUGCAGUUGUCAAAUGUUGGGGGUGAUUCGGCUUUGAUAGAACUGUUGCUACAAACGUCGAACCGGUCGAUUUUGGUUAUUGAAGAUAUUGAUUGUAGCAUACAGUUGCCUGAUCGGAAUGGAAUUGUUCCUGUUAAGUCUCAUGGAUCAAAAUAUGUUCGCGGUCCCCAGUUCUCUUUGUCGGGGCUUUUAAAUUUCAUCGACGGGUUAUGGUCAUGUUGUGGAGAUGAAAGGAUCAUAAUCUUCACCACAAACAACAAAGAUAAACUUGACCCGGCUUUGCUUCGACCAGGAAGGAUGGACAAGCACAUUCACAUGUCAUACUUGACUUUUGGAGGAUUCACAACAUUAGCUGCUAACUAUCUCAACAUUCAUGGCGAUCAUUGGCGAUUUAAGGAAAUCAAAGAGUUGAUCAGUUGCAAAAAGGUUACCCCAGCUGAGGUGGCAGAGAAACUUAUGAUGUCUGAUGAUGUGGAGGUUGUUUUGGAAGAAUUGGUGAAAUUUUUGAAACUUGAGAAGAUGGAAGAAGGUGAAACUAAUACAUUGCCAAAUGAAGCAGAGAAAUGAUUUUUGUUUCUAAACAAACCAUCUUACUAAUUAAUCUUUCUAAAAUGACAACUUUAUGUCUUUUGCAACCCAUUAUUUCUUCUGUAUCUCAUUACUUGAGCUUAUCAUGUAUAUUCAUCUUGAAGUUAGAAAGAUUAAUACAUAAAUAUUUGAGGCU